AUGCCAUCCUCGAGUGGACACGUCUCUGAGAAAGCCACGGACCUUGAGAGAGUCACAUCUGUCAAAAGCAAUAGGCAUCGCUAUGCUUCAUCAAAUGUGCUAUUCAGCUCUGGGACUAGCACGCCUAUUCGUCGCCAGCCAUUUGAUUUUGACACUCAACUUCCACAAUCACUGCUACCAACCGUUCUGCAAGAAACAGCGGACCCGAGCCGAAUGGGUGAGCGCGAGCUCUACCUUCUCAAAGUGUGCCGUGCCCUGAUGGCGUAUGGCGCUCCGACUCACCGACUCGAAGAGUACAUGUACAUGACAGCAGAAGUCAUCGGUCUCCAGCUGGAAUCUUUCUACCUCCCAGGUAUCAUGAUCAUCUCUUUCAACAAUAAGAUCUGGCGAAGCACAGAGGUACACAUUGUCAAGACACCGCAGACUCUCAAUCUGUCCAAGCUGUACGACUCACAUGAGGUGUACAAGAACGUCAUCCAUGACAAGAUGACCAUCGAAGAUGCGAUUUCGCGACUGAACGAGAUCAUGGACAGCAAAGACAAAUAUCCUCGUUGGCUAUGCGUCAUCAUGUUUGGUCUUGCUUCGGCAUGCAUUGGACCAGUAUCUUAUGGUGCAAGGCCUGUGGAUUUGCCCGUAAUUUUUGUCUUCGGAUGCUUGCUUGGGUUCAUGCAGCUCGUCAUGGCUGAGAAUUCCGAACUGUACGCUCAUAUCUAUGAGGUUUCGGCAGCUAUCCUGAUGACCUUCCUGUCUCGCGCCAUUGGUUCCAUCAAUCAUGGCGACGGUCGCUUAUUCUGUUUCUCUGCUAUCUCGCAAGCAUCUCUGGUUCUGAUCUUGCCUGGAUUUAUCAUCACAAACAGCGCGUUGGAACUGCAGUCGAAGAAUAUCAUCUCUGGAGCCGUUCGAAUGGUAUACGGCAUCAUAUUUGUCCUCUUUCUGGCAUUUGGGUUCACUGUUGGAAGCACAUUGUAUGGUGCGCUCGACGACAAUGCGACUUCUGCGACGACCUGUGAAGCACCAUGGCCUUUCUGGUGGCAAGUCACUUUUGUGAUUCCAUUUACGUUCUGCUACAUCGUUAUCAACCAAGGCAAGUGGAAGAAACUCCCAGCAAUGUUGAUACUAUCCAUGAUUGGUUGGCUUGUCAACUACUAUGCCGCUCAAGGGUUUUCCAAAAGNACCCGCACAUCCAAAGGCUUCGGCUCAAACAUCCAGAUGGCUCAAAUGUUGGGAGCUCUUGCCAUUGGAAUUGUGGCCAAUCUCUAUUCACGUCUGGGCCAAGGACUUGCUGUCGCGUUACUGCAUCCUGCAAUCUUCAUCCAAGUGCCUGGAAGUUUUGCUGCAUCGGGCAGCCUUAUUAAUGCAGUCGCAAAUGCUGAUCUUCUCACGAAGCACAACUCUGGCACUGGGACAUCAGAUGACGGGCAGAACAAUGGUCUGUUGACCAAUGCUGGUCUCGCUAUGAUUGAGAUCGCCAUUGGCAUUACUGUGGGCAUAUCCAUCAGCGCGCUGCUAGUUUACCCUAUACGUAAGAAGAAGAGAAGUGGUCUGUUCAGCUUCUGA